CACUGUUAGGAUUCAAUUCUCGGAGCCCCUCUGCCCUGUCGCAGCACAGGGGAGGAACGAGGCAGAGCAACAGAAAAACAAAAACAAAGUCCAGGGAUAUGAAGACUGAGGAUGGUUAACAGGGGUCAGAAUCCUUGAAGAGCUUGAACCGUGCACACACCUAAGUGGUUGCCGCUCCCCUCCUAGUGAACCGGUGGAUCUGGGAAAGGAGGUCAUGUCUCUUCCACUGGACCUGAAUGCCUUGCACAGGGAUGUGUCACUGGACACGCUAGAGAAGCAGCUCAUCUGCCCCAUCUGUCUGGAGGUGUUCACGAAGCCCGUGGUCAUACUGCCCUGCCAGCACAACCUGUGCCGCAAGUGCGCCAACGAACUCUACCAGCCGUCUCUUUUCCAGGUUGGGAUUGGAGGCCGCUUUCACUGCCCGUCAUGCAGACAUGAAGUUGUUUUGGACCGCCAUGGGGUAUAUGGACUCCAGAGAAACUUACUAGUGGAAAAUAUCAUUGAUGUCUACAAGCAAACAUAUGAAAGCUCUAGGCCUUCACCAAAACCACUUGCACAAGUAACCUGUGAGGAGCACGAGGGGGAGAAGCUCAACAUUUACUGUGUCACUUGUCAGGUCCCCACCUGUUCACUCUGUAAAGUAUUUGGGACACAUAACACCUGUCAUGUAGCCCCUCUAGUUGAGGUCUAUCAACAGCAGAAGACUGAGCUCAGUGAAGGGAUUGGAACCCUGGUUGUCACUAAUGACCGCAUCCAAGCUUGCAUAAAUAAUCUAGAGGAAAUCUGUAGUAACAUUGAGGAGAAUGGGCAAAACCAGAAGGAGAUACUGUGUGAGAAAUUUGAUCGGUUGUGUGGCAUUCUGGAAGAGAGGCGUAAGAUCAUGAUGCAGCAAAUCACAUAUGAGCAGGAUGAAAAGACUAGCUGGGCCAGGAGCUUGGUGCAUACCUACAGUGAGCAUGUGGACACCAACUCAAAGUUGGUGCAGACAGCCUUGAAUGCCAUGGAAGAGCCCGAGAUGGCUGCAUUUCUGCAGACCUCAAAAAACCUUAUUGAACAAGUCAACGAGGCAACUAAUUGCACUCCAAUGGAGACAAUAGUGCCUGGAUAUGAAAAUAUGGAUCACUAUAAGGUUGAUUUCGAUGCGGCGGAAAGGGCUCUCUACCAGCUGGACUUCAUCAAUAUUGAAGAGGAAGCUGAGGAUACUCCAGAUCCCGAUCCAGAACCAGAACCUGAGUCAGAGCCUGAGCCAGAGCUGCAGCCAGAACCUGAAAGUAAGCCUGAACCUGAACCUGAACCUGCAUCUGAACCAGUGCUCAGUCUGAACACAGAGAACUCUGGUCAAGAUCAAGAACUGAAGUCAGAAAGCAGGGGAAUAAAGAAUGCUCUGUCUGAGGGAAGCAAGGAUCUCCAACCACAAGAGGAGAGUCAUGCAGAAACAAAAAAAGAUGUCCUUUGUGAAAAAAGCUGGUGGAACUCUCAACAGAUGAGUGGUAGUCUGAUACCUGUGGCCACUGGGAACCAUAAAUGCCUUGGAAGUGGUUCCCUGGAUAGUGCGCAAGGGAAAGGGUCAGAAGUUGAGAAGAACAUGUAUGAUUUGGAGGAAGGGUCUGCCAACAGGGAUAGGGUCACUUCCAUGUCUCCACAGGCCAUCACCCUUGUGUUUUACGUCCUGGCCUUGUUGGUCAUCCUCCAGAGGGUGUGGGGGAGCAUUCAGUGCUGCAGUUGCAGAGACCUCAGUGGUGGGACUCAGCUCUCCUCCUCCUGUUCCAAGUGAGCCUACUCGUCUCAACUUCUCCUUCUCCUGGCUUAAUCCUCUUGCCAAGAAGAAGUAAUCAUGUCACUCGGUGAAAGGCUGUCAGGCCCAGGAGACACUUUGGUGCAGAAGUCCAAACAUGAGCUUUACCUCAGGGCAAGGGAUGUCUGGUAAGCUUCAAGAUGCCAUUCAAAUUUUUGGUAAUUGUCAACACAGAUAUUAGUAAACAAUGUUUAAGUAUUUAAUUUUUGUAUUUAAUC